AAAACGCUCCCCCCCACUUGGCUCCUUCGUGUCCGCCGUUCCUUCCAGCCGUCACCCGCAGCCGCCCUCCACGGGUUCACCACCGGUGCACGCCAAGCCAGCCGCAGGGCUCCAGCCUCCAGCACCAGCGACGGACGCCCAGCCCCCACCCACAAAACCCCACCCCCCCUUCAAGCCCCAGACCCCCAUUCCAUCCUCGUGUCAAAACCUCCCGAAGCUCCCUCCCUCCCCAAAAGCGAUCGCCAGCUCAGCCAAACCCGGCGACCUCCCCACUGCGUCGGCGGCCGGGGAGAAGAGAAGAGGAACUUGGCUGAGCGAUGGAGGACGUGCUGGACUCGGGGGCGGCCGCGGUCCACUUCAGCGGGCUCCGCCUCGUCUCGCGCAGCCUCUCCUCCUCCUCCGCCGGCUUCUCCGUCAUCCCGCCCUCCCCUUCCUCCUGCAACGGCACCGCCGCCAGGCAGCAGCCCUUCGUGAUCGGGGUGACGGGAGGGACGGCGUCGGGGAAGACGACGGUCUGCGACAUGAUCAUCCAGCAGCUGCACGACCACCGCGUCGUGCUCGUCAACCAGGAUUCAUUCUACCAUGGUUUAACCGAGGAACAAUCUGAACAUGUGCAAGACUACAACUUUGACCACCCUGAUGCAUUCGAUACCGAUCAACUUUUGGAGUGCAUGGGAAAGUUAAAAGCUGGUCAAUCUGUAAACAUUCCUAUAUAUGAUUUCAAGAACCAUCGCCGAUGCUCUGAAAGUUUUAGAAAGGUCAAUGCAUCAGAUGUCAUCAUUCUGGAGGGCAUUUUAGUUUUUCAUGAUCAAAGGGUGCGUGACUUAAUGGACAUGAAGAUUUUCGUUGACACAGAUGCUGAUAUCAGGCUUGCCCGGCGAAUAAGGCGUGAUACAGUUGAAAGAGCUAGAGAUGUUCUCUCAGUGCUUGAGCAGUAUGGGAGAUUUGUGAAGCCUGCAUUCGAUGAUUUUGUUCUGCCUUCCAAGAAGUAUGCUGAUGUAAUCAUACCGCGAGGAGGAGAUAACCAUGUUGCCAUUGAUUUGAUAGUGCAACAUAUCCAUACAAAACUUGGACAGCACAACCUGUGCAAAAUUUACCCAAAUGUUGAUGUGGUUCAUUCAACUUUCCAGAUUCGCGGAAUGCAUACUCUCAUCCGCGAUCAGGAUAUUACUACUCCUGACUUCGUCUUCUAUUCAGAACGGCUGAUUCGUCUGGUGGUUGAGCAUGGACUGGGUAAUUUACCAUUUGCAGAGAAGCAAGUCGUUACACCUACAGGGGCUAUUUAUUCGGGAGUUGACUUCUGCAAGAAGCUCUGUGGAGUGUCCAUUGUUCGAAGUGGUGAAAGCAUGGAGAAUGCGUUGCGUGCUUGCUGCAAGGGGAUAAAAAUCGGUAAAAUCUUAAUACAUCGGGUCGGAGAUGACGGACAACAGCUCAUUUACCACAAGUUGCCCAUGGAUAUUGCGGAGCGUCAUGUUCUACUUAUGGAUCCUGUGCUUGGUACAGGCAACUCAGUAAACCAAGCUAUAGAACUUCUCAUAAGAAAGGGAGUUCCGGAGGACCAGAUCAUGUUUCUGAAUCUUAUCUCGGCUCCUGAAGGGAUCCAUAGUGUCUGCAAGCGAUUCCCUCGCCUGAAGAUUGUGACCUCUGAGAUCGACCUUGGGUUGAAUGAGGAAUACCGUGUGGUACCAGGGUUGGGCGAGUACGGUGACCGCUACUUUGGCACAGACUGAUGUUCCCAUCGAUGCUGCUUCCAUUGUCAGUGUAGCGAUACCCGGGUUAAUUAGGGCUAACCUUACCAUUGGGGGUAUACUGGUGUUUGGUUGUUAAUUGGGUGGUGUUCCAGCAGAGGGGGGGCGCAGGCUCUCUAGCCACCAUUGAUUGGAGGCGCCCAGAUCGAUCAUGUGAUGAUGUUUGCAUUAUCAACUCAUGUGACUUAGAAUCCUGGUUGUACUGCUGUUGAUGUUGCUCGUCGCCUGUGUACUGUGGGUUGUGAAAUGUAUAUCCGCUUGCUGGCGGAUGCUUGCUAUUUCAGUCGUGUCUGAACUGCUGCAUGCUCGAUUGCGUCUUAAAUUUAUGUUGACAUC